CCUAGGUUGCGAGUUAUAGGAUACUUUCUUUUUUCCAAUGGUCGAGAAAAUCAAAUCAUCAUUUGGGUGUACAUACUAUUUUCAGAGGGGGACUGAUUAAGAACUUCAUUAGACAUUAGGAGGAAUUAUGGAAAACGACGAUGAUGCUAUUACAAUACGGAUCCAGUCUGCCAAGAACUGGUUAGAAAGUCUAGCUAAGGGUCAAGAAUCUACUGAGAUAGAAACUAAACCCCUUCAAAAUCUCUACUCUAUUCGCGUCCGGAGAAACUUAAUUCACUGCAAUUUCAUAGUGCCCCAAAGCUUAUCUGAUGGAGAUGGGAGAUGGCAUGUAGGAGCAAUUGCAACACAAAUCGACGUUAUUGGGGCUACUGUUGCAUAUACUUCCUUCGGAAAACACUACGUUUCUGUUGAUUUCAAUAUUUCUUACUUCUCCACAGCAAGAGUUCAGGAAGAAAUGGAGAUUGAGGCAAAAGUAUUGGGACAUAAGGGGAAUCUUUCUUCGGUGAUGGUGGUGAUUAAAAAGAAAGAAAACGGUGAUUUGGUUGCUAUAGGUAAAGAAUGGAUGUCUGCUUUUAGCAACCAUCCUAAAAGUAAGAUGUAAUUGUAAUCCAUCAACUAUUAAUUACAAUUUGAUUACAUGUUUCCAAGUUAAACCUGUUCUUGAUAUUUCUUUUUCCUCUUUGGAGUAUGAUAAAUAAGUGUUUGAUUCUGAUAACAAUGACAAAAAAUCAGCAUAAAAAUUAAAGAACAGAGUAGUUGAUUCUUCCGUUGACAAAACCAGCUAAACAGAGUUGGCCAAUAAAAGAGGUCGAAAUGUGCACCCUCGUUUAUAAGGGAUGCACAAAUUCGCACUCUGUAUUGAAUUAUUAAAAAACAUUUUCAAUGACUUAGCCUUGUGGGUCUGGUUUUGAAAUGCAAGUCAAUUUUGCAUAAAGUCUAUUCCCACUCGGGGACUGUUUAGGAACUUCUGUGGAGAGAUUAGGCAGGAACUAUGGAAAACGACGACGAUGCUAAUACAAUACCGAUCCAGACUGCCAAGGACUGGUUAGAAAGUCUAGCUAAGGGUCAAGAAGCUAGGGAGAUCGAAACUCAAGCCCUUCAAGAUCUCUACUCUGUUCGCGUUUGGAGAGGCUUAAUUCGUUGCAAUUUCAUAGUGCCCCAAAGCUUAUCUGAUAAAGAUGGGAAUUGGCAUGUAGGAGCAAUUGCAACCCUUAUUGAUAUUAUUGGUGCUACUGUUGAACAUACUUCCUUUGGAAAACGCCAUGUUUCUGUUGAUUCCAAUGUUUCUUACUUCUCCACAGCAAGAGUUCAGGAAGAGGUAGAGAUCGAGGCUAAAGGACACAAGGGGAAUCUAUCUUCUGUGGUGGUAGUGAUUAAAAAGAAAGAAAAUGGUGAUUUGGUUGCUAUAGGUAAGGAAUGGAUGUCUGCAUUUAAUCACCAUCCUAAAAGCAAGAUGUAACUCCAAUCAACCAGAAAUUAGUAAUCACAAUUAGAUUAAUUACAUGUUUCAAAGUUAAAAUUAUUCUUGAGCUUAUCUUAAUUAAUUGAUGAAGUCAUUUUUUCUUUUUGAUUAUUGCUUAGAAAUUUAGACGGACCUUUAUGUGUUGGU